AUGAACAAAUUAUCAUUAAUUCAAUUGUUUAUAUUCACUUUUGUUAUUUUAACAAUAAACAUAAACGGUGCUAAUACAGAUACAUAUGAUAAACGUGCAAGUUUAGCAUAUUUCAAACGACAAAGUGAAAUAUCCGAUUCAACAUCUGAUUUACCAUCUAAACGUGCAACUUUAUAUUAUUAUAAACGUGGUCAAUAUGAUCAACAACCAAAAGGAAUAAAUCAUAUAAGACAAAUUGCUGAAAUUUGUCCAUGUUUAAAUAAAGAUUAUUUACAUUGGCUUGAAGAAAAUCUAUUAAUCAGUAAACAUAAUCAUAAUAAUGAUGAUGAUCAUAAUUUGGAAUCAGAAAAGCGUGCAAGUUUAUCUUAUUUCAAAUAG